CGGGGAAAAUCGACUUUUAAGGGCACAAAAUAUGCUUUUGGCCAUGACGGAGAUAGCAGACUGGGGUUGGGUACAUACAUCGCACGUAUGUUAGCUGUCCUGCGACUGGCUCCUCUUUCCUUCUGUUAUUCCAAAACUGUGUGUAUCGAUCUUCGAAAUCCCUUUUGCUAUUUCUUCUUCUGAAGGAUUGUUAUUAAUCACUAAGUCAUUACGUUUUUUUUUGAAUCUCAAAAAUUUUAGCCAAACCCUUUUAUUAACUAGAGAUUAUAGGAAAUUUGUAAUUAUGGCUCAAGCAGUUGAGGAAUGGUACAAGCAGAUGCCUAUCAUCACCCGCUCGUAUCUUACUGCAGCUAUUGUCACCACCAUCGGUUGUUCCCUAGAUAUAAUAUCUCCUCAUAAUCUGUACUUGCAUCCUACACUUGUGGUUAAGCAUUAUCAAUUCUGGCGUCUUAUCACCAACUUCCUGUACUUCCGGAAAAUGGAUCUGGACUUUUUGUUCCACAUGUUCUUUCUUGCUCGAUACUGCAAACUUCUUGAAGAGAACUCUUUCAGGGGGAGGACUGCAGACUUCUUUUACAUGCUCUUAUUCGGUGCCACUGUUUUGACUGGCAUUGUUCUUCUUGGGGGAAUGAUACCCUAUUUGUCAGAAUCAUUUGCGAAAAUCAUAUUCCUUAGUAAUUCAUUGACAUUCAUGAUGGUUUAUGUCUGGAGCAAGCAAAAUCCAUUUAUCCACAUGAGUUUCUUGGGCCUCUUUACUUUUACAGCAGCUUACCUACCAUGGGUUCUUUUGGGAUUCUCUGUCCUUGUUGGUGCUAGUGCUUGGGUGGAUCUACUGGGAAUGAUAGCUGGCCAUGCUUACUAUUUUCUUGAGGAUGUAUAUCCACGAAUGACCGGUCGUCGGCCCCUACGAACCCCAUCAUUUAUUAAAUCACUAUUUGCUGAUGAGGCUGUUGUAGUGGCACGACCUGCAAAUGUGAGAUUUGCUCCACCACCUGCAGAGGAGGUUCAUCAAGAUUGAUCAGACCGUAGGCUAAUGAGCCAUCUUUUUGGCUGCAUUGGACAGCUCGUGCCAUUAGGGGACAUAAAGUUGACACAAUUCUUUGGUAUAUCUGUCCUGACAUGUCUUCAUUUUAGAGGUUAACUAUGUAUAUGAUAUUGCCUGCUAUGGAGCUAUGCACAACUUGGAUUAGAGACGAGUUUUUGUAAUUUAUAUCAAGAAUGGAAGGUUCUAGUGUUCUAGUUGAUAGAGGGUGUUUUUGUGCAUUUGUUGCUGCCUGGCUUUUCCUUUUUGAAACUCAUGCAGCCAAGUUCUCUUUCUGAA